ACGUGCACACUGACCCCAUAACGGAGUGACGUGACGAGCGAAAUAUUUAUUUGGACAGCCAGUUGAGCACAGGUUUUCACUAGGCCCAAUUACAUAUGUAUAUACAUCGUGCACUCAUCUGAAGUUGUAUUUGUAACGAUCUUGAUUUAUAUAACGACACCUUUUCACGACCAACUGAGGAUACGUACCGACGAGGAUGACUUCCACAAAAGAAGUUAAUUUUGACAGCAUCUAUGACGCAUUAGGGUGGAGGGGAAAGUAUCAAGUGAUUCAGAUCUGUUUUAUUUCACUAAUGCUGUUACCAUACGCAUUCAAUCUGAUGAGCAUCGUAUUCAUAGGACAUUAUGUUCCGAGCCACUGUGAAGUCCUCAAGAAUGAAUCAACUGCUAUUGAGAUUCUUGGAUUUCGAGAAGACAUCUCCGAUUUGAACAUCACAUACCAUGAAUGUAAGAUCAGCAUCACCUCAACCUUGUCUGGACAUUCUGAAGAUCUGGCGUGCAUAGAAGGACAUCAUUACGAACAACCAACAGAACUCUCACUUGUUUCUGAGUGGGAUAUCGUCUGUGAAAAGGAAAGUCUUGGCGACCUCCUUCAAACCCUCUACAUGUUUGGUAUGGGCAUAGGCUCAGUCUUGUUCACAUUCCUAUCUGACAAGUAUGGACGCAAGUUCUCCAACAUACUGGCUGGACUUUGUUUCCUCGCAGCAGGCACUGCCAUGUCCUUCGUACCGACAUACGCUGCCUUUGCUGUCAUGAAGGUUAUACAGGGGGCAACGCAGAUGGGUGUUGGUUUGACGUCAACAACCAUCUGUCUGGAAAUUGUCCCAACUAGGCACAGAUCAAAGAUUGGUAUCCUAAACACGCUGUUUUGGUCACUAUCCGUGGUUAUCUAUGCUUUUGCGGCGUACCUGAUGAGGGAUCUCAACUGGAGGUAUCACCAAUUGAUUGUGGGCCUUACAUCGGCACACUAUUUAAUUUCACCAUGGGUAAUAGACGAAAGUUCAAGAUGGUUGGCAGCAAGAAGAAAAUACAGUACCAUAGAACGCAAUUUGAAGAAGGCUAGCCGCAUGAAUAACAAGGACGAACACGAUAUCAUAACACUUUUCAGAGAAAAAGUGAAAGCCCCAAAGGUUCCUGAUCAAACCUCUCUUUUAUCGUCGGACACACACUGGGAUCAAAACAAACACACUCCGGAUGUUGCAAACACUGAAGGCAAAGAUGAAAGGCCACUGAUGCAGAUUUUUAAAGACAGACAAAUACUCACCUUAACAGCAAUCUUGUGUUUUAUUUGGAUGACAGAUAGUUUGACCUACUACGGACUUAGUCUCAACGCCACACAGUUCCAUAGUGACAAAUUCAUUGGUUUUGGUCUAAAUGCUGUCACCGAAGUUUUUGGUGCUGUUGCUUUCUGGCUCACAGUUGACAGAUUCGGAAGGAAGAAAACAUGUUUGGCCUGUCAUCUGAUAGCAGCAGUGUCGCUGAUAGCAUCGGUCAUAUUCAACCAUUUCGUAGCUGCAGUACCCACCCUCAGCGCGGCUGUGAGCACAUUUUCGCUGAUUGGAAAAUUUGGAGCAACGACUUCAUUUAAUGUGCUGUGGCUCUAUACUCCAGAACUAUUCCCAACUACAAUGCGGAAUGUUGGGUUUGGUCUUGGAUCCCUUGCUGCACGAGUAGGUGGGAUACUUGCUCCAUUUUCCAGGAUACUGUAUCGCUACUACCCAUGGGCACCUGGAACUGUGUUCGGCACAUGCUGCAUCGUGGUGGCCAUCCUGGUUCGAUUUCUACCAGAAACAAACAAUAUUGAACUGCCACAGACGAUCACUGAGAUGAAGCAGUUGCUGAACCAGCAAAGGGAAACUCAAAAGAAGAAACAGAAGAAGAGCUCAAUAACUGAAAAUGGUGCUGAUACAUUUCUUUGUAGUGAUAACGAAACUACACAAAGAUCGAAGAACAUGACAUCGAAGGAAGAUGUAAAUUUUGACAGUGUUUUCAAUGCUCUGGGAUGGAAUGGCAGAUAUCAAGUUGUCCAAGUUGGUCUUGUUUUAUUGUCGUCUUUACCUUUCGCAUUUCAUGUAAUGAGCAUCAUAUUUAUAGGAUUUCAUGUACCAAGUCGGUGUAAAGAGCUCAACGAUUCCUCUGUGCUGGAAGGUCUUGUGUUGCAAGCAGAUGUGUCAGACUUGAAUAUCACGUACCACGAAUGUGGAAUCAGCAUUACUUCCAACAUGUCGGAUCGUGUGGACAGAAUAGGACUCUCAUGCAUUGAAGGUUAUCAAUAUGAAAAGCCGAGAGAACUAUCUCUGGUAUCUGAGUGGGAUAUAGUCUGCGAGAAGGAGGGACUGAGCGACCUACUGCAGACCCUAUACAUGUUUGGCAUGGGAAUCGGAGCAGUUGUGUUCACAGUUGUAGCUGACCGGUUCGGACGCAAGUUCUCCAAUGUGCUGGCUGGGCUUUCUUUCUUCGUGGUCGGCACAGGCAUGGCAUUUAUACCCACAUUUGUUCCUUUUGCAGUGUUAAGGGUUCUACAAGGAGCAACACAGAUGGGUGUCAGUCUAACGUCCACAACACUCUAUCUUGAGAUUGUCCCAACUCGACACAGAUCAAAGAUGAGUGUGUUCGCCACUAUUGUAUGGUCUGCGUCAAUAGUAAUCUAUGCAGUGGCAGCAUACUUCAUGAAGGAUCUUAGCUGGCGGUACCACCAACUUGUUGUAGGUCUUACAUCUACCUACUAUAUAGUUGUACCAUGGGUACUAGACGAGAGCUACAGGUGGCUUGCAGCAAACAACAUGUAUGAUGUUAUAGAACGCAAUUUGAAGAAGGCCAGUCGCAUGAAUUCCAAGAAUGCUAAUGUUGUCAUAACAACUUUUAGAGACCAGGUGCUGUCUCCUAGACUGCAUGACCAUCUACCCCUCCUUACACACUCAUCGAAUGGCGAACGUGCAUGCUGCAGGCAUUCUAAAAACGUCUUAUCAAAACAAACAGAGGAAAAACCUUUUCUACAGAUAUUUAAGGACGGGCAGAUUCUAACGGUAUCUGCAAUAAUAUGGUUUAUAUGGUUAAUAGAUUGUCUCACAUACUAUGGACUGCAGCUCAAUUCUACCAAGUUUCACAGUGACAAAUACAUUGGAUUUGGUCUGAGUGCCAUCACGGACCUAUUGGCUUCGAUCAUGUUCUGGCUAACAGUAGACCGAUUUGGGAGGAGAAGAACGUGCUUAGUCUUUCACCUCAUAGCCGGCUUAUCCUUGAUAGCAUCAGUGAUAUUUAACAAUUACAAGGAUAAAAUACCCUCCUUCAGCGUGGCUGUUACCACAUUUUCCCUUAUUGGAAAAUUUGCCAUAGCGACUACGUUUAAUCUUCUUUGGCUUUAUACUCCUGAAAUAUUCCCAACAAAAAUACGGAGCGUAGGGUUUGGAUUAGCAUCACUGGCCGCUAGAAUUGGUGGGUUACUGGCUCCAUUUUCAAGGACACUGUAUCGACACUACCCUUGGGCCCCUGGCUCUGUGUUCGGGUCAUGCUGCAUCGUGGUGACCUUCCUGAUGCGAUACCUGCCGGAAACAAACAACCAGGAGCUGCCCCAGACCAUCCGGGAGAUGAAGCAGUGGAUGAGGCAGCAAAGGGAAACGCCGAAGAAGAAACAGAGUAAUAUAAUUACUGAAAGUUAAGCUGCUAAUACAACACUGAUUUAUUAAAAAUUAGUUGCCAUGUGUUUUGCGUUUUCCGUGCUAGUUAUACGUAAAAACAAUAUAUUGAACAAGAAACAUUUCGUCAUUAAUUUAUAUGAUGCCCAAUUGCAAUUGAAAUUCUCUGCUUGUAUUUGUCCCGUUCAAAUUUUCGACAUUGGCCAUGUGUUGCUGUCUUGCUCUUCUCACAUAACGGCCCCUGUGUGUUUUAGCGCCCAACGUAAUCCCGUUCUUGCCUUAUGAUCAGCCCUACAAUAUACAGUUAAACAUCGAACAUAGAUCGACUGUGUUACUUGCCAGAUACGUUUCUUUCUUAAUUGUAACCACAUCACCACACAAUAAUAGCUCUACAAUUGAGGAUCCUUUCAUACAAAAGGCGCUAUGGAGACGCUUUAAAUAAUAAGUGGCCUUUAGAAAUGGUCGUUAAUAAGUUCGUUAAUAUUGUGUUUUGAGACUGUGUAACCGUCGAUUGUGAUCAAAAUAAAA